AUGGUUAAUACUGGAGAGAUAAAUGGUUCCAGCAACCUCAUGGAUUUCCUUGAUGAGCCAAUUCCAGAUGUUGGGACAUAUGAGGACUUCCAUACUAUUGACUGGUUAAGGGAGAAGUCACGGGACACAGACAGGCAUAGAAAAAUCACAAACAAAAGCAAGGAGUCUGUGUGGGAAUUCAUCAAAGGACUUCUAGAUGCCUGGUCAGGAUGGGUUGUCAUGCUUAAAAUUGGACUCCUAGCAGGUACCUUGGCAGGUGUUAUCGACUUAGCUGUGGACUGGAUGACUGAUCUGAAAGAAGGGAUUUGUCUGAACGACUUUUGGUACAGUCAUGAACAGUGCUGCUGGGCUUCAAACGAGGCCACGUUUGAAGACAGGGAUAAAUGUCCUCAAUGGCAGACAUGGUCGGAACUGCUGAUAACUAAGGCAGAGGGAGCCAGCGCAUAUAUUUUAAAUUAUUUCCUCUAUAUUUUGUGGGCUCUGCUUUUUGCUUUCUUGGCGGUGGCUUUGGUUCGAGUGUUUGCUCCAUAUGCCUGUGGCUCCGGAAUUCCUGAGAUAAAAACCAUUCUGAGUGGCUUCAUCAUAAGAGGAUAUCUAGGAAAGUGGACGCUGUUAAUAAAAACGGUAACAUUAGUUCUCGUUGUGUCCUCUGGUUUAAGUCUUGGAAAGGAAGGACCAUCAGUUCAUGUAGCCUGUUGUUGUGGCAACUUUUUCUGCAGCUUGUUCUCCAAGUACAGCAAAAAUGAAGGAAAAAGGAGGGAAGUGCUUUCGGCUGCAGCUGCAGUAGGAGUCUCUGUUGCUUUUGGAGCUCCAAUUGGCGGUGUUCUUUUCAGUUUGGAAGAGGUCAGUUACUAUUUUCCUUUAAAGACACUGUGGCGUUCUUUUUUUGCUGCCCUUGUUGCUGCCUUUACCCUGAGAUCUAUCAACCCAUUUGGCAACAGUCGCUUAGUUCUUUUCUAUGUGGAAUAUCAUACACCAUGGUAUAUGAUGGAACUGAUUCCAUUCAUCCUUCUUGGUGUCUUUGGAGGGCUUUGGGGUACACUUUUCAUUCGUUGUAACAUUGCUUGGUGCCGCCGGCGCAAAACCACCAGUCUUGGCAAGUAUCCAGUACUGGAAGUCAUUGUGGUCACUGCAAUCACAGCCAUUAUUGCUUACCCAAAUCCAUACACGAGGAGGAGCACAAGUGAGCUGAUCUCAGAGCUGUUUAAUGACUGUGGAGCUCUGGAGUCUUCUCAACUCUGUGAUUACAUCAACGAUAUCAACAUGACCAGACCAGUGGAUGACAUUCCAGACAGGCCAGCUGGCCCAGGAGUCUAUACUGCAAUGUGGCAGUUGGCAUUAGCUCUUGUAUUUAAAAUCAUCAUUACUAUAUUCACAUUUGGUAUGAAGAUUCCAUCGGGCUUGUUUAUCCCAAGCAUAGCAGUUGGAGCCAUAGCCGGCCGUAUAGUUGGAGUUGGGGUGGAGCAACUGGCUUAUCAUCAUCAUGAUUGGAUAAUCUUUAGAAACUGGUGCAGACCAGGAGCGGACUGUGUUACUCCAGGGCUAUAUGCCAUGGUGGGAGCCGCAGCAUGUCUAGGUGGUGUCACCAGGAUGACAGUUUCUUUGGUUGUCAUCAUGUUUGAGUUGACGGGUGGUCUGGAGUACAUUGUACCACUAAUGGCAGCUGCAGUCACCAGUAAAUGGGUAGCAGAUGCAUUUGGAAAAGAAGGAAUUUAUGAAGCACACAUCCAUUUAAAUGGAUACCCAUUUCUUGAUGUAAAAGAUGAGUUCACCCACAGGACAUUGGCCACGGACGUCAUGCGGCCUCGUCGUGGUGAGCCACCACUCUCUGUACUAACCCAGGACAAUUUGACAGUAGAAGAUGUGGAGACUCUAAUCAAGGACACCGAUUAUAAUGGUUUCCCUGUUGUGGUAUCCAGAGACUCCGAACGUCUAAUUGGUUUUGCCCAAAGAAGAGAACUUAUAAUUGCAAUAAAAAAUGCCAGACAAAGGCAAGAUGGAGUGGUAAGCAACUCAAUAAUCUAUUUCACAGAAGAUCCACCAGAACUUCCAGCUAACAGUCCACACCCACUGAAACUGAGACGCAUACUCAACCUGAGUCCCUUUACUGUCACUGACCACACACCUAUGGAGACAGUAGUAGAUAUCUUUAGAAAACUUGGACUAAGGCAAUGUCUUGUUACUCGUAGUGGGAGGCUUCUGGGUAUUAUAACGAAAAAGGAUGUUUUGAGGCACAUGGCUCAGAUGGCUAAUCAAGACCCCGAAUCGAUCAUGUUCAACUAG